CAAUUUCUUUUUCUUUCUUAUUCAACUGAGGAUUUUAUAUUCGAAUGGAGUUGCCUGAAAUUCAUUUAAAAAUCGUUUUUUACCAACUAACUUGGUGGGAGUUGUUGAGCGCGACCUCUCUGUUCGGCAAUCCAACUUAUCUUCAACUAUUUUAUCACCCAGACUUGUGUCUAAUUUUUGUUUAUGUCGCUUAGCUUCCUCAUCAAAGGACCCUAAAGACAUCCUGCAAUAAUCGUUUGACCCUUCGUGCACGUGAACUGCCGUAAAAAUUAUGACUUCUUGGAAUAAGUCAAAGUUCCAAGUUCCAUUGUUAUUGUGAUGGUAUACUACCUGAACGCCUUUUCGAGAAAUCAUGUAACAUGAAACUAUCUUAUCGUUUUGUUGAGAUGCAGUAGAGAAAGACGGAGAAAAAAAGAGCUAACUAGUCACAUACUCACAUCGACAAGGAUGACGUUCGAACUCCAAGCUAGCAUUUUGCGCUGCAGUCGUCAAAUAUUAACACCGAAUUUACCGCUACUAUAUCCAUGUGAAAACCGGUAAAAAUCAACACUCUUUCUUGCUUUUUGUAAUUACAUUCCUUAAAAUUGAAACGCAAUGCGGUGGAAAUCAUACAUUGUCUUUCUUAUAAUUCUCAUCAUUGUGGCUGAAACUUCAAGUAUAAUUCAACAUCCCGCAACACAAACAAAAAAGACCCACUACUGUGAUGUAUGGGAUUCACAGAGUAAUAGAUUUAAUUUUAGUCUAUUGGCAAAUAAUACUCAUGAUUAUAAAAUUCAACAUGACAGAGGCACUUAUCUCAGAAUCCAAAUGUGUAAUCAAUUGGUCAAAAGGUGUAAAGGAGAAGAGGGAUAUUCAAUUUGCUUAAGCAGAAAAUCGCAAGAAAUUGGCAUAGGUAGAGAACCUCCAGAAGUUGUACAUGAAUAUGGCAGCAUUAUUUUUAAAUAUACUGGUGAAGAAUGUAGAAAUGGUGCUCCUUAUACUGCAAAAAUAAAAAUGAUCUGCGACUAUAAAGAAGAUCAGAUAGAAUUAUUUCCUGCAGAGCAGGAAGGGUGUAAUUUUAUCAUGGAAUGGAGAACACAUGCAGCUUGUUCAAGUAGAAUAGAAUUGAAUUGCACAUAUACUGAUAAAUUUAAUUAUUAUGAUCUUAGUCAUUUGAAAAAUUUGUCUGAUAAUUAUGAGGUGCAAAUAGAUGAUAGGUACACAAUUAUUUUAAAUGUAUGCCACAGCAUUUUAUAUGGACCAAACUUAUGCAUAUCCAAUAGUGCUGCCUGUUUAAUUGAUAAUAAAAAUCAAAAGUUUAAAUCUCUAGGAAAACCAGUAGAAAAUCCUAAAUAUAAUGAAAACAAAACCUUAACUCUGAAAUACUUUGGAGGAAGUAUAUGUCCUACAGGAUCUGACAUGGAAACAACAAUAUACUUUAUAUGUGACAUGAAUGCUGUUGGGUCAACACCUACUUACGUGAAUGGUUUAAACAAGUGCAAUUUUGAAUUAUCAUGGAAAACUCCAGCUGCAUGUUCUAUAGAAGUUUUACAAAAUCAGAGCAUAGUGGCCAAAAAUAAUGAUUGUAUCAUUAAAAAUCCCAUAAAUCAUGAAAUUUACAAUCUAACUUCAUUAAUGAAUCAUGACUACACUAUUGAACCUUUUGGGAUUAAUACAUUUUAUAAAUUUAGUAUAUGUGGACCAAUCAAAGAGACAAACUGUUUAAGAGGCACAGGUGCUUGUAGAAUUCAUUCUAGUCAAUCAGGGGGAAUGGCAAAUUCAAAACUAUUGUGGAAAGAUACUGGAGUGUACUUGAAUUAUACUGAUGGCAGUGAAUGUCCUUAUGAUAAGAGUAAAAGAUAUACAAUUAUUGAAUUUUAUUGCGGUGAUCAAUUUGAUAUUGAAGUUGACAUGGCAGGAGCCUGCAUUGAUGUAAUAAAAAUAAGUACACAACUAGUUUGCGAAAAAAAGUCAAGAGCUUGUGCUACCUACAAUCGUGAGAUGAAUUUUCGCCAAUUGAUACGUAGAAUCCAAAAUGAAGAAAUACAUACAAAUGAUAGUAUAUUCUACAUAAACGUUUGUAAAGCAAUAUUACCUGUGUCGAUCGAAAAUAUCAAGUGCCAAGAUGGAGCUGGUAUUUGCAAAUUAGAGCUUAUUCAUGGAAAACCAUCAAAAUCCAUUAAUUUAGGAUACCCUGAUCCAUUCCCGAUACUUACUAGCAGUUACAGUGCUGUCCUAUUAUACAGCAAUGGUUCAAUUUGCGAAAGAAAUCAAAGUAAAAGAAUUAAUUCUAGAAUUUCUUUUCUAUGCGAUGUCAACAGUAACGAGGGCUCUCCUAUUUUUAUAAAAUAUGAGGACUGCACUUACAAUUUUGAAUGGAAGACCAGUAUUGUGUGUGGAAAAAAAGUAGAUGGGCAAUACAAUAACAACUGUACGAUUUCCAACAAUCAUGGCGAUAUUAGAUCUUUACUUCCAUUGAUAACUGCAUUUGAUAAUCAAAUAAUUGAAGUAGAAAAUUCUAAAAAAGAUAAUAAAUAUUCAAUAGACUUAUGUGGGAAUAAAAGUAAAUGCAAUGGUAGCUUCAUAUGUGAUAACAAUAAAAACUACGGAACUCAAGUUAAUGUCGAUUUUAACUAUUUGAAUAAUAUAAUUCGCUUUACUUUUACUAAUGGAAGUUACUGUGAUCAUUUUGGUUAUUUUUAUCGGUCAACAAUAACUAUCGUCUGUGACAAAUCAUCAAUUUCUAAAAUACCUCAAAUUAUAUAUGAAGAGCCAUGCUACGUUGAAUUUGAGUGGCACACUGACAAAAUUUGUAAAUAUAUAAAAGAUUAUUCUGUAAAAUCAAGUAAACCCAUUACGACAAUAAGCAUCGUAGCCCCUAGCAAAACGACCACGAUCAGCGGUAAUUUUGUGGCUACAAUUGUGAGUUUAAUACUGAUCUUUUUGGGCGUAUGUUUUUACUUCAAAGAUGCUUCUCGACGAGCUCAAUUUGUGGAAUUAUUGUCAAACUCCACCUCAAGACAUUGUGAUCGUGUGAGAUAUUCCGUGGUCACAACCAUGGAAGAAGAACAUCUUUUAAACGAUUCCGAUAUAUCUGAUGUCGAGUCGAAUAUCAAUGACGAUAAUGAUGUCGAUGACGAUUUUAAGGUUUAAGUUAUUGGAAAAGUUGUAUGAUCUCUACAUCAAACGGGACAAUUGGAUUGCGAUCGAAUUGCACUUACUAUUAAGAGCAAAUUAAUAAUUAAAACAUUUUCACUUAGUGAUAUUAACAUACCAAAGAUAUUGUAGAUCGUAAAACGGUAAGGUGUACCUACACGAGCGUGUUCUUUGAGAUUUAUAUUUGUUUCCUAUAAAUAUUUGACAAACAAAUGAAAUAUAUUUUUAUAAAAUGUAAUAUGACAAUGAUGUAAGGUGUUUCAUUUCCAUUGACUUCCUGCAGCACUGAAGAAAGUAAUUGUAUCAAUACUUGACAUUUUUUCGUAUAUUUUUUUGAACGAUGAAGUGGUCAACUAUGAAACUAAAAGCGUCAUUCUAUCAACGAUUUUAGCGCUUUUUGACAGUUGUUAAGGGAAGUAUAUCUUUUUUAAAGCAAAAAAUAACAAAAUUUAUCGAGUGGACAAAGUUUUAACGUAUCAUGAAUUAGUUAAAUUUUCGGCAUAGGUUUUGUCGGUAUAGCUGUGAAGCCAAAUCAACUGAAACAUUUAAUUUUUUGAGGAAAAAGGUACUGUUUUUUUUUUUUAUUUCGCGACUGGGUUUUAAUUAAAGCACAUUUUGGAUAUUCACGAGAUAUUUGGCCGCACGAGCAUCGAACUUUCAAGUAAAUAUUUAAUUGGGCUUGUUCCUUCAAGCGUAUGCAAUCGGCAACUUACCGAUAGGAAAGAAAUACGAUCAGUGGUUCAAUCCGACUGAAAAUGUCAGCUGUGCGUGCCGACAAGGAAUCUGCACAGUGAUUAUGCAUCAUAAAACAAGUAUCAUCGUUUAAUAUCGUGUAUCGAGGUUCGACAACACGCUGACGAGUAUACUGACGACUGACGAGUGGCGGCCGGCUGUCGUGCACACAUACCUAUACUCAAAUCCAUCCGUACCUUACACAUAUACAGAUAUAAUUUAUAUGUGGGAGCCUGGCGAUGUGCGUGCAGUGCAUCGCAACUGCCACGAAUAGGAGUCUCGAGCCCUCGACGCUGCGAUUUGUCCAAAGUUGUAUAAAGUCGGAGUAGGAAGUUGGCGCGACUUUCGAAAAAAGAGGCUUUUUUACUAUGUGAUAAUGCAUUUCAUCGGACGCAUAUAUACAUACAAAUUAAGUCACACCAAAAAUAAUAAUCUUAAGAAUGACGGUAUCAUUGAGAAUGUGUUUGUAUAAUACAAGCCACCUUUUUUUUCGAUGAUCGCUUAAAUAACCAAUAUAUUGCAGUUAAACAAAACUGAAAAGCGUAUCUGGCAAUGCAUUUAACUAUUUUGAUCCGUGCGGGUAAAUUAUUAGAUCGAGAUGCAUUGAAAAAGAGCGGGCAGUUGAUCCGGUAAGUUGACAACGAGCCUAUACUAGCUGUUAUUCGUCGAUGGCUCUCGACUCCCUUCUCCUAUGCCAGACUCGAGCGCGUAG